AUGGCCUACCAAGGCUCUGGCCCUCACCCGCCUGGCUACGAGGACCAUGAUGGCAUGCGCCUGCAGGAUGUCCCUCAAGGUGCUACCUACGAAGAAGAAGCCGCCAGGGGUCUGCUCGCUCACCAGCAAGCCGGAUCGCCCUUCGAUGACCCCCAUCAGCGGGGUCUCUCCCCCGGCGCCAGACCGACCUCGGGCUACAGUUUGACCGAGACCUACGCGCCUGACGCGUCGUUCCAGGACCCUUACAGCGCCGGUGGCUCCGUCUACUCCGGUCACUCCGGGGACAACCCCGCCGCCGCCUUUGGCGUCCCCGGCCGCGUCGCCUCCCCCUACGCCCGCAGCGAAACCUCCUCCACCGAGGCCUGGCGUCAGCGACAGGCCCCCGGUGGUCCCUCGGGCGGUGGCGGCGGCGGCGGUGGUCUGCGCCGUUAUGCUACCAGAAAGGUCAAGCUGGUCCAGGGUUCCGUCCUCAGUGUCGAUUACCCCGUUCCCAGUGCCAUCCAGAAUGCCAUCCAGGCCAAGUACCGCAAUGACCUGGAGGGUGGAAGCGAAGAAUUCACCCACAUGCGAUACACCGCCGCCACGUGCGAUCCCAACGAAUUCACCCUCCACAAUGGUUACAACCUGCGUCCCGCCAUGUACAACCGUCACACCGAGCUGCUCAUUGCCAUCACCUACUACAAUGAAGACAAAACCCUCACCGCCCGCACGCUCCACGGUGCCAUGCAGAACAUCCGGGACAUCGUCAACCUCAAGAAGUCCGAAUUCUGGAACAAGGGUGGUCCCGCCUGGCAGAAGAUCGUCGUCUGUCUCGUGUUCGACGGUAUCGACCCCUGCGACAAGGACACCCUCGAUCUCCUCGCCACGGUGGGUAUCUACCAGGACGGAGUCAUGAAGCGUGACGUCGACGGCAAGGAGACGGUGGCGCAUAUCUUCGAAUAUACCACCCAACUGUCCGUCACCCCGAACCAGCAGCUCAUCCGUCCCACCGACGACGGACCCAGCACCCUCCCGCCGGUGCAGAUGAUGUUCUGCCUGAAGCAGAAGAACACCAAGAAGAUCAACUCCCAUCGCUGGCUGUUCAACGCCUUUGGCCGCAUUUUGAACCCCGAAGUCUGUAUCCUUCUCGAUGCCGGUACCAAGCCCGGUCACAAGUCGCUGCUGGCCCUCUGGGAAGCCUUCUACAACGACAAGGACCUGGGCGGUGCCUGCGGUGAGAUCCACGCGAUGUUGGGUAAGGGGUGGAAGAACCUGAUCAACCCGCUGGUGGCCGCGCAGAACUUCGAGUACAAGAUCAGUAACAUCCUCGACAAGCCCCUGGAGAGUUCGUUCGGUUAUGUCAGCGUGUUGCCCGGUGCGUUCUCCGCCUAUCGAUUCCGUGCCAUCAUGGGUCGCCCGCUGGAACAGUAUUUCCACGGUGACCACACCCUCUCGAAGCAGCUGGGUAAGAAGGGUAUCGAAGGGAUGAACAUCUUCAAGAAGAACAUGUUCUUGGCCGAGGAUCGUAUCCUCUGUUUCGAGCUGGUCGCCAAAGCCGGCUCCAAGUGGCAUCUGUCCUACGUCAAGGCCUCCAAGGGUGAAACGGAUGUCCCCGAAGGUGCGGCCGAAUUCAUCUCCCAGCGGCGACGUUGGUUGAACGGUUCCUUCGCCGCCGGUAUCUACUCGCUCAUGCACUUUGGCCGUAUGUACAAGAGUGGGCACAACAUCAUCCGCAUGUUCUUCCUGCACAUUCAGAUGCUGUACAACGUGUUCACCACGCUGCUGACGUGGCUGUCCCUGGCGUCCUACUGGCUGACCACGACGGUCAUCAUGGACCUGGUCGGUACCCCGAACAAGAACAACGGAGACACCGGGUUCCCCUUCGGGAGGACCGCCACCCCGAUCGUGAACACCAUCGUCAAAUACAUCUACCUCGGGUUUGUGUUGCUGCAGUUCAUCCUCGCGCUGGGUAACCGGCCCAAGGGAUCCAAGUUCACGUACCUGGCCUCCUUUGUCGUUUUCGGUGUGAUCCAGAUUUACGUCGUGGUGGACGCCCUGUACCUGGUGGUGCGUGCCUUCAGCGGCGGCGCCGAGAUGGACUUCGUGACCGACAAGGGCCUGACGGAAUUCCUGAAAUCCUUCUUCGGGUCGAGUGGUGCGGGUAUCAUCAUCAUCGCCCUGGCCGCUACCUUUGGCCUGUACUUUGUCGCCUCGUUCAUGUACAUGGACCCGUGGCACAUGUUCACCUCGUUCCCGCAGUACAUGGCGGUGCAGUCGUCCUACAUCAACAUCCUCAACGUCUACGCGUUCAGCAACUGGCACGACGUGUCGUGGGGUACCAAGGGUUCGGAUAAGGCGGAUGCUCUGCCGUCCGCUAAGACGACCAAAGACGAUGGGAAAGAAGCGGUGAUCGAGGAAAUCGACAAGCCGCAGGCGGAUAUCGACAGCCAGUUCGAAGCGACGGUGAAGCGGGCGCUGACUCCGUAUGUGCCUCCGGUGGAGCACGAGGAGAAGAGCUUGGACGAUUCGUACAAGAGUUUCCGAACCCGCUUGGUGACGCUGUGGAUCUUCAGCAAUGGAUUGCUUGCCGUGUGCAUUACCAACGAGAGCGUGAACAAGUUUGGUUUUACCAACUCCGCUACCGAACGAACCUCGAAAUUCUUCCAAGCACUGCUGUGGUCGAACGCGGUGUGCGCGCUGUUCCGAUUCAUCGGCGCGUGCUGGUUCCUGGGCAGGACGGGACUGAUGUGCUGCUUCGCGCGACGGUAA